UGCGCAGUGCGGGCGGCGGGCAGCGCAGAGUGAGAAGCUCUUUUGUUCGGCUAAGGAGAGGGCCGUUGGCUCGGGCCUGCGGUACGCCGCUUCAGUGAGGGGCUCGGCCGCGGCCACCCGGCCUGUUGCUUUUCUGGGCGCCACUCCUCCGGGCCCCACGCCGGCGGGACGCGCCAGUAGCGCAGCACCGAUUCCUCUCCUGCUCUUGGGCGCUGCUCUGAGCAGCGUCACCCUUUAUACCAGAAAACUGGCGGGCACUAUGGGGAAAAAACAAAACAAGAAGAAAGUGGAGGAGGUGCUAGAAGAGGAGGAAGAGGAAUAUGUGGUGGAAAAAGUUCUCGACCGUCGAGUGGUAAAGGGCAAAGUGGAGUACCUCCUCAAGUGGAAGGGGUUCUCAGAUGAGGACAACACGUGGGAGCCAGAAGAGAACUUGGAUUGCCCCGACCUCAUUGCUGAGUUUUUACAGUCGCAGAAAACCGCACAUGAGACAGAUAAAUCAGAAGGAGGCAAACGCAAAGCUGACUCUGAUUCUGAAGAUAAGGGAGAGGAGAGCAAACCAAAGAAGAAGAAAGAAGAGCCAGAAAAGCCUCGAGGCUUUGCCCGGGGUUUGGAGCCUGAACGGAUUAUUGGAGCUACAGACUCCAGUGGAGAGCUCAUGUUCCUGAUGAAAUGGAAAAACUCUGAUGAGGCUGACCUGGUCCCAGCCAAGGAAGCCAAUGUCAAGUGCCCCCAGGUUGUCAUAUCCUUCUAUGAGGAAAGGCUGACGUGGCAUUCCUAUCCCUCAGAGGAUGAUGACAAAAAAGAUGACAAGAAUUAACUCUCCUGAGUACCAGCCCCUGUCACAUCUGACUGUGGGUUUCAAGUGGGGAGGGGAAGGAGUUCUACUUGUCUUGAUACCAUAGAAGUGGCUUGAGAAGAUGUCCUUUGAAGAGCCAGUAUAGUUCUGUGCCCUACAGCAGCCCAAGUGCUUUAAAGCCGUUCCAUGCUGUAUAGUUUGCACACCCAUCCAUGUGGAGGGGAAGGAGGGUAAGUGUUUCAAGGCAAUUCAUUCUGCACUUUGCUGAGAAAAGCGAAGGGCCUUCUAUGAAGGACAAAACUUGCAGAAUGGGUAUGUGUGAGAGCAAAAAGAUACUGUAGAUCUUCAAAGCGCAUCUCCACAACCCACAGCCUUCUUCCCAAUAGUGUUAACUGCAUUUUUACAGCGUAGCAUGUGUGUAGUUUUUGGCUAUUACUGCUGUAUUAUUUGGGGGUGGGAGGGACGGGGUAGGAAGGAAGAUGAGUAGGAUUGUUUUUAUUAAAAUUUGGGGCCUGGUUGGGGAAAUGGUGAAACAAUGAAAAGAAGAAACAACUAAUGAUUUGGUUUUGUGUCCAGAAUAUUUUCUUUUAAAAAAAUGUAAUUGGCAAUCUAAUUGAGGACUCUGAGAGACUGUUUAAAAGCUGUGAAUGCCUGAGACUUACAGGCCAAGGUGUUCCCUGCCGGAGAUUAAUUCUUUUCCCAACAAAGGACUAAGCCAGUGGAUAAGUUACCAAAGUUGCCAUUUGGGGCAGGGGGAAGGGGGAUGGAAAUUAGUUGAGAAGGGAAAGUCUUUUAUUGGAGCAUAUAUAUAGGCAGAUCAUUCUGUCUUAGAGGUGCUAAUUCUUAAAAUUGACAAGACCCUUUCUCUCCUAAUUAUGAAGCUAUAGACAUUAGCUUGUCCAUCCAAGCUCCUGGCUGAGGUAUUUGGGGGGAGGAGAAGGGGAUGGUAUAGGAGGUGUGAGAGUAAAGAGGGGGCCCAUGUUUUUAGGAUGGAGAAACUCUUGGAGCCUCUCUGUGUUUUGAACUUUGAACUCUGAAACCAUUGGUGGCAGGGUUCAGCCACUGACAGCACAAGUUCCUUGAAUCACUUCAAGAGUUGGAUUAUUUCAAAAGCCCUGGUCUCAGGAGAAGAUUAAACUUCCACUUUCAUACUGGGGCAGUGGUUCACUUUAAGACACAAAACAAAAAUUCUUUUUUUAUCCCAAGAAUUAAUUACCCAAAAUGCUGUCUUGACUCAUGAAAUCCGUCAGUUCUUGACAUCAUCCAGACCUACAUCUAGACCUUCAUUGUAAAAUCCUUUUAGGCAUGUGUUAGAUUUCUGUGAAAACUUUGUUUAAAUGUAAACUUCAUACAACACUGUCAGUUUUUGUUUUAAUAAAACUAUAUAGAUUUAUAAUCCUUGAUUUGUCUUAAGUCUUGCCAGAAACCCUCCUUGCCUUUUAUUACCUUGUAGGUUCAGCCUGUUGGAAACAGCUUGUACACCUGGAUGGUUUAUUUCUUGAACACUGUAGGCUUGAGAAUCUGGCACCUGGCCUGCAUCUUUGAGUGGUCUCACUAUGUUAAUUGAGUAAAUAUUUAUUGAGCAUUUAUAAUUGCUGCAGAAACUGUAAAUGUUGUCACAUCAUUCUGUCUUUCUUACUGCUCAAAGGUUGUUUGUUUGGCACUCUGUGACCUGAUAACACUUCCAAACUAUGAUAUGUUUGGGAACAUGAGUUUUUUGAAUUAGGUUUGGCUCCUGGUUCAUGUAUUUCAUAGAUUUGUGUGACCUUAGCUAAAUUCAACUUUCCGGAAUUUUCAGGAAUUAGCCUUGGAUUUGAUUACUGAAUUAAAAUAUCAUCUAUUUUCUUAA